UCUCUCUCUCUCUCUCUCUCUCCCAUAGCCAAUUAUAGCCCGAGCUCAACAAUGAUAUCUGAAUUGCGCAGACAAAUAUAAACAGCUAAAAUGAAAGUAACGACAGAGAGAAAGUUUGGAUCCAGGUUAGUUGGAUCUAAGUUUUAGAGUAGUAAACGUUUACACGCGGACAUUUGUACAGCAGUGAAAUAUAAACAGGUGCUGAACGGAUCGGAGCGCGUUCUCGAAAGGCGGAAUAUCUGCACCGACCACACGGAUCCGAUGAGUCUGGAAUGGUGUACUGAUAGUUCAGGCCUCAUGCCAUGAAGCAUUCAUAUCAACUGCUGCUGGCCCUGCUGGUCUGGAUGCUGCUCUUCCUUGCUGCCUUCAUCUACCUUUUUAAAUUCCAGGUGGACCAUCCGCACAUUUUCCUCACUGAAUCUCAACACCCAGACUCUGUUCAGCAUAAUUACCGAAACAGUAUGGCAUCCCGUAACAUCAGCUUAGGUUUGCAUGCAGAUAGGAUGGGUCCUUUCCAGAGCAGGCGAGUGUUUCGACUUCCUCUUACUGGAGUUGAGCUGCUUCAUUUUAGCCAUGCUCGGACAGAUUUUAGGAAGCACAUUACAAAUCCUCGGAAACGUUACUACAGAGAUGAGACAUGGUCGGUGGUUCGUGGUCUGUGGAAGGGACAAGGGUCCUUCAAAAUGCUAAGUCAACCACUUCAGCAAGCCAGGAAAGACUAUGUUCACAACAACAUGCACAAAGUUCUCUACAAAGGCCAACAAAAGGCAGAUAGGAAUAGGCAGGAUUUAUUGUGUCAGAUAAAACAGAAAGCCCAAUUCCAGACUCUAGAUAGCUCUGAGCAGCCCUUUGCUCGUCUAGGCUUUCAACGGCUGAUUCCAGCUCAGCCCCUUCAGCAGGCGUACAGGACAUGUGCUGUGGUAACAUCGGCAGGGGCAAUCAUUAACUCAUCACUGGGACAAGAAAUUGAUUCCCAUGAUGCAGUGCUGCGUUUCAAUAAUGCCCCCUCCGAGGGCUAUGAAAGAGAUGUGGGCAGCAAGACAACCAUUCGUAUCAUUAACUCUCAGAUUCUAGCAAAACCCCAACACAAAUUCAACAGCAGUUCACGCUAUAAGAAUAUGACUUUGGUAGCCUGGGAUCCUGCUCCUUAUAAUGUUGACCUGGAGAAGUGGUACAAGCAUCCUGAUUUUGACUUGUUUACUCCAUACAUUGCACACAGACAGAAGUUCCCUGAGCAGCCCUUUUAUAUCAUUCAUCCUUCCUUUAUCUGGAGACUCUGGGAUAUAGUGCAAAGCAACAUGAAGGAGAUCAUUCAGCCCAACCCUCCUUCCUCCGGAUUUAUAGGUAUAGUCCUGAUGAUGAGCCUAUGUGAGCAGGUCGAUGUGUACGAGUACAUCCCUUCUAUGAGACAAACAGAUUUGUGCCAUUACCAUGAGGAAUACUACGAUGCGUCCUGCACUUUUGGAGCAUACCACCCUCUGCUUUACGAGAAACUCGUUGUCCAGCGCAUGAGCACAGCUUCUGAGGAUGACCUCAAGAAAAAGGGAAAGGUCACACUGCCAGGAUUCUCUAACAUCAUCUGUCCAUCGUAAUUUCUUGCUCCAGACUUGGCAUAAUGAGAUUUAUGAGUGUCCAAGAGAGUUCAGACCCCUCAGACUUAAAAACUAAACUUGACGCUCUAUUCACGUCCAUUCACACGCAAGCUCAUGCUCAAGAUUUGUUUUCAACUGCGUACCACAAUUCAAAUUUGGAGAAAUCUUACAUAGCCAACAGACAUUUGACCAAUAAAGGAUCUACAGUACGUGUCACAGAUUGAGCUUUUGAAUGAAUUAUAUAAGAGCACAAACUUUAGAGCUGCAUGGUUUGUAUAAGUUAAGUAAGGCUGCAUACUGAAGGGCUCGUGUGGCUGCAGAAUGAAUGGGGGUUGUACGCCGGACGUGUCUAGAGGACAACACAUCCUAAAACACAAAUAGUUUUCUAUGAAUGUACACACACCAGCGCCAACAGAUGCUGAGCGGACGAUUUUGGUUUUACCGCUUGAAUGAAGCCUAUUCUAGCCUGUAUAUAUAUAUUAUAUAUACACUACCGGUCAAAAGAUUUGAAGCACUUACUAUUUUUUUCACAUUUUAGAAUAAUGGUAAAGUUAUCAAAACUACAGAAUAACAUAAAUGGAACUAUUGGAAUUAUGUUGUGACUAAACAAAUCCAAAAUGAAUCAAAACUGUGUUUUAUUUUAGCAUCUUUAAUGUUGUCACCGUUUGCCUAGGAUUUGCAGACAUGCACUCUUGAUAUUUUCUCAAGCAACUUCUUGAGGAAUCACCCUGAGAUGCUUUUUAAACAGUAUUGAAGAGUUCCCAUCUGUGUUGAGCACUUAUUGACUGCUUUUCUUUAUUAUUUAGAUAAAUGUUUAAAUGUUAAUGAUCAUGAGAAAUAUUUCAGUCAGGUGUUUCAAAAGUUUUGACCGGUAGUGUACACACACACACACACACACACACACACACACAUAUACACACACACUCACUCACUCACUCACUCACACACACACUCACUCACACACACACACACACACACACACACACUCG